UCAUUAAUGGGACUUUCAAAUUUCACAUUUUUAAAAACAAAAUAGAUACAAUAUGAGAAAAUUAAUAUCGUACUAUACUAGAUAUGAAGUAGCAAGUAUAACAAUCUGAAUAUUGUCAAAAAAAGAAGUAUAACAAUCUGAAAAGAGUGGAAGUAGGACGAGGGUAAGAACAUCGCACUCUUUGGGUCAAUAAAAUAUGAUUCCCACAACAAGAACAUAUUCACUCAUUGGGUUCUGCAAUCUUCCGCCGGAUUCUCGUCACGACCUGGCACGCCUCUCAGAUUAUAGGCAGGAUAGUACCCAUUUCCACGUAGUGGCAUCACACCGGAAGGGCUAUAGUAUCCGUAUGAUUGCGGCUGCGGAUAAGAUCGGUGCAGCGAAGGAUAAGAUUGCUGCUGCGGCGGCAGAUAUGAUUGCUGCGAUGGCGGAUAAGAUUGCUGCGGCGGCAGAUAUGAUUGCUGCGGCGGCGGAUAAAAGUGCUGCGACGGCGGCGGAUAAUAAGAAUGCAGAGGAGCACCGAAAUUCGACCCCCGGAUACCCCCUAUCCGGCCGGAUUGGUUCCAAAACACGGAUCCAAACAUAUCUCUCACAGAUCUUCUGUGAAUUGCACAGAACUCGUCCUGGCAAAUAUCCUCAUCCACCGGCGGCGGCGGCGCGCAUACGUGCUUCUUCUCUUUCGACCUGCGGUUACGCCUAACACAAUCGUUUUCUGGUUCGUGUUCAUCCGAAGGAGCAGAAGAUUUCUGCUUCUCCUUCGCCUUGGAUUUACAGGAUUUGUUGUUAUCCGCUUUGAUUUUUCCGUUACAAUGAUCAGGUGAAG